GGGACAAGCUAUACUUCUUAGCCUUAACAAUGAGGAAAAGUCGUUAUAUUAUUUCCAUAUGUUUGAGAUAAAGGUUGGCGCGCUCUAGCAAACUAGGUUCUCUUCAGGCGAUGGCGCACAUAAGGCAACCCUGUCUGCCAUGCACUUCUUAUGGCUCAAAUACUCCGACCGUAGAGCUUAGCCGGCGUAGCCUCGUCAGCAUUAGGCCUCAGGGCCGUCGAUUAUCACAGGCGCUAUGGUUGAAUGCAGCUGCAACCCGCAGCUCGUUGUUGCAUCGUUGCCGAGGCAAGGCCUUGCCACCGGAAGCUGGUGAUGGCGCAGCCAUCAGCCCAUCGUCGUCGGCUGACGUCUUCAACCCAACUGGCUCAGUCGACUCCGUGGAGGAUCCGCAACCUGCGCCUUCUAAAACACCCGUUCAGAAGGCUCGCGAGUUUGCCAACCGCGUAAUCUUUGGCCUUUUGCUUGGCCUGGCCGGAGCGGUUGUUAUCCUAUAUGGCAAGCUUGCAAUGCUGGCGCUCCUAGUGUUCGCCUCUUACCAGGCAUCACGGGAAUACUUCGGCUUCAUAACAUCGAAGCAGAUGUCAAAGGGCAUGCCUCCCCCCACGCCGCUCGUCAGCACAGCCACAACGGUAAUGUGCAUGGGUAUGACCCUCUUCAGCCACUUCUACCGGGGCAAGAGCGGGACCUUGCUGGCAGUGGCAUCAUUCCUUUUGCUCGUCAUCCAAGUUCUGGCCAACAAACGGCCAAAGUUCUCGCAACUGGCAUCAUCGCUGUUUGGGCUCUUUUACUGCGGUUGGCUUCCGAGCUUCUGGUUGAAACUCCGAUCGCUCGGGUCACAGGCGCCUGACACGCCCCUUGUGACCUUCCUCCACAACGUCACGGGUUGGCCCAUCACCACGGGAGCGGUGGCGGUGCUAACGGCCUCUGCCGUCAUCAUAGCGGCCGAUACGGGGGCCUACUUCGUGGGGAAGGCGCUGGGGCGCACCAAGCUCACGGACAUAAGCCCCAAGAAGACGGUGGAGGGCGCAGCAGGCGGCAUGGCAGCGGCGGUGUCGGUGGCGAUGGGUUGCUGGGCGGUGUUUGCCUGGCCGGCGACGCCACUAGCGGCGGGAGUGCUUGGGGUGAUGGUGUUCUUCUCGAGCCUGUUUGGGGACCUCAUCGAGUCCAUCAUGAAGCGCGACGCGGGCAUGAAGGACUCGGGAGACCUCAUUCCCGGCCAUGGCGGGCUGCUAGAUCGCUUCGACUCCUACAUCUUCAGCGGCGCAGUGGUGUACUUCUUCUCGUACUUUUGCGUGCCCCUCCUCAGCACGCUGACGGGGCCGCAGGCGGCUGCGGCGGUGGCGGCAGCAGCAGCUAACGCGCUUGCACGGUUAUGACGAUGGUUACCGCUUGGGCCGCCUCCUUGAUAAGGCCAUGAAUGCGAAAUGUCCCUAGGAAACGCUGCUUGUACGGCAUUGCAUGGCUGGCCGGCGGUGGGUGGCAUUUCAUGCGUAUGCGGCUGUAACGGUGUGCGGCACCCACGUGCGGGGCUGUGGCACUCACGGCGCAACACGCCAGCAGCAUCGGGAUACGACUGCUGGUAACGCUCGCCGGGGGGCCUGCUGCUGCCUGUCGUUGCCACCUGCCUGCUGAGCUGACUGUUAGCGAACUCCUUGCUCGCGAAGGCGCGGCUGCUGGAUGAGAAGGGCGGUUGCAAGCGAUCGGUUGUGGCAGCCAAUAGGAGCACGUAGCGCCGCGUCCCGGCAGCACUGAUGAGCAGGCAGUAACACCUGACAAUCCUGACCUGUGAUGUUGACCUUCACGUGACGGGCGCUUUACGCGAGAGCGCUGGGUAGCGUGUGGUUGUCGUACUGGUGUUCGUGCGUUUAGCGCUUCGCCAACGAUUAUGGUGGAGGGUGGCGUUUCCAAUAAGGCGUUCCUGGAGUGCGGGCUGUCCGAGGCUGAAUUCUUGUUCUCUGGUUGGUUCUCUGUGUAUGGAAGGCCCCCGUACUGACUGUCCUCUGUUGUAGGUGUUUAAAGAGAGGCGCGGUUUGGCCUCAACAUGCAUGCAUGUGCGGUUACACUCCCGCACCGACCCGGCCUAACCGCUACACCCCCCCCCAACGGUAGCGGCUACACUGGCUGCAUGGGAGGCUUAUUGCCACCUUCACGUGUGCCCCCGACCGCACUCGGCCCCCGCACCCGCUUUCCCCUUGUGGCCCACCCUCGGAUGGCAUUCCUCCAUCUGGAUGGAUGGCUUAGUUGCGUGUGUGCAGUGCUUGCUUGGUUUGUAUUGUGCCAUCCAGGAAAGUUGCGAUGCGUUGUACUGAGGACAGCGUCGCAGCUGUUGUUGCCCCUGUAUUGCUAAGGAUGGCUAGGCCAACAUGCCCCAAGCAGGGUUGGAAAAGAGUGGGGCAGUGCGGGCGGACCUUGCAGCGUCGAGUUGCCGUUCUGGAGGCUGGUGUCUGCUGCACGGCCGUCCAUAUAGUCCACCCUAGCUCUGCAUGUGUCGACUGGUGACUAUUAACGGGCGGUCUUGCCCAAGAUCAGUGCUUGUCGUAGGCAUUAGAUGAGGCUCAGGAUGCUGAUACGGUGGUAAUACGGGUGGCUUGUACCGCUUGCGAUUUGUCUUUUUAACUUGGGAGGCCAUGCAUGCAACGCGCGUCAUGUGUCCGAAAGCGGUGAAGAUCGACAGGCUGCUGCACGUGGUUUGGGUGCGGGCCGGUGAUGUCGCUGUCCGGCAUCAGGGAGGUUGGUUGCGGGGUGUUGGAUACUGUUGCGCGUUGCUAUUGGGCCGCUGAGGGGGAGUCCUUUGCGAUGCAUGCAGUUAGGCAUGCAAUGGCAGGUGCCGCGGGAGGGCUAGGGUGCCGCGUUUAUUGUAACGUUUAUUCUAACGUCGCGUGUCAAGUGCUAUUGUGUGUCAGGAAACGCUUGGAGAAGCCAAUAGGUUAGACACGGAGGCGGCAUGCUAUUCCGCAAUGCGGGGGGGGAGGUACGGUAUUUGAAUGAUGUUUUUGUGGGUUGUGUGUGUAAAACGUUGCAAGAUCUGCAUGAAAGCCCAUAACUUGCUGUCAUGCACUUGCAUUCGUGUUUUUCGUUCUUUCGUGGAUGCUGGAGAAGGGUGGAGCCAUGGUAGUUGAUGUCACGGUGUACGGCUUGCGCUGCAAGGUGUGCAUCAGUGGAUUGCGGUACUGUGGUGCAGUCUGUUUGAGGAUGGCUCGGUUGUGAUUGCUGCAGCCAAACGGCCAAACCAGCGCAAUUAUAAAGUAUCAUUUGUAUCUAGAGAG